AUGGCAUCCACCUCUGUACCAGCUCCCGCUGACCCCAGGGCGGGAGCCCUCACCAACUACCGCAAAAAGCUGUUGGAACAUCGCGAAAUGGAGACUAAGGUCAAAGACUUGCGCAUGGGUCUUCGCGAUUUGGAUCGUCAGUUCAACAAGUCCGAGGACGAUAUCAAGGCCCUUCAGAGUGUUGGCCAGAUCAUUGGAUCUGUCCUUAAGCAGUUGGACGAGGAUCGCUUUAUUAUCAAGGCCGCCAGUGGACCCCGUUAUGUUGUUGGAUGCCGCAAUAAGCUGGACAAGUCAAAGCUCAAGCUCGGAACUCGUGUGGCUCUGGACAUGACCACAUUCACAAUCAUGCGUAUGCUUCCACGAGAGGUCGACCCAAUGGUGUACAGCAUGGGCAUGGAGGACCCCGGUUCGAUCUCAUUUGCCGGUAUUGGCGGACUUAGCGACCAGAUCAGAGAAUUGCGUGAGGUCAUUGAGUUGCCAUUGAUGAACCCUGAGCUGUUUGUGCGUGUUGGUAUCAAGCCACCCAAGGGAGUGUUGCUGUACGGACCACCAGGAACGGGCAAGACUUUGUUGGCCCGUGCUGUUGCUAGCACACUCGAGACCAACUUCUUGAAGGUUGUCUCGUCUGCCAUUGUCGACAAGUAUAUCGGAGAGUCUGCCCGAGUCAUCAGAGAGAUGUUCGCGUACGCAAGGGAGCACGAGCCAUGCAUUAUCUUCAUGGACGAGAUUGAUGCUAUUGGAGGUCGUCGUUUCUCGGAAGGAAGCUCUGCGGAUCGUGAGAUUCAGCGUACAUUGAUGGAGUUGCUGAACCAGAUGGAUGGUUUCGACCACUUGGGCCAGACAAAGUUGAUCAUGGCCACUAACCGACCAGAUACAUUGGACCCUGCCUUGAUGAGACCCGGUCGUUUGGAUCGUAAGAUCGAGAUUCCUCUCCCCAACGAGCAAGGACGCAUGGAGAUCUUGAAGAUUCAUGCCCUCGGCAUCACCAAGCAAGGCGAGAUUGACUACGAGGCUGUGGUCAAGCUGUCGGAUGGUUUCAACGGAGCCGAUAUCCGUAACAUCUGCACAGAGGCCGGCAUGUUUGCUAUCCGUGAGGAUCGCGACUAUGUUGUCCAGGAGGACUUUAUGAAGGCCGUCCGUAAAGUAGCGGAUGCCAAGAAGCUCGAGGGCAAGCUCGACUAUGAGAAGAUCUAG